AUGUCAUCCAAUACGUCAUCAGAAGACAACCUGGCUCGCGCGAAAAAGCUUCUCUCUGAGGUCCCCUUGAUCGAUGGGCACAAUGACUUUCCAUUCAUGAUUCGCGGCUGGUACUUGGGGCGAGCGGCCGAUCCAGAAGUAGACGCCCACAACAUGCCCAUUGCCCACACGGACCUCACACGUCUACAAGAAGGCUUCGUAGGAGGCGUAUUUUGGAGUGCCUACGUACCGUGCCCAGCUGCGAAUGCCGAGAAUGACUUUUUAACGGCAGCCCAUCUAGAGCGCCUCAGAGACACUUUGCAGCAAAUCGAUAUUAUACACACCCUGCUUGACAAAUAUCCUGAGCGCCUUGGCCUCGCACGAACCUCGACUGAGGUUUGGGACGUCUUCAAUUCUGGACGUGUCGCCAGCUUGAUUGGGAUUGAGGGCUUACAUCAAAUUGCCAACAGUGCUAGUGUCAUGAGAAACUUUCACAGACUGGGGGUCCGGUAUAUUACUUUGACGCAUGAUAAUAACAACUUAUAUGCUGAUUCGACGAACUCCUCCGGGCCGGCACACAAUGGAUUAUCUGAACAGGGUGUCGCGAUUGUGAAAGAGAUGAAUCGCAUUGGGAUGAUAGUCGACCUCUCGCACACGUCUGUUGAUGUUCAACGGCACGCUUUGGCAGUGUCCAAAGCACCAGUCAUUUUCUCACACUCAUCAUGCUCUGCAAUAACCGAGCACCCGAGAAAUAGCCCCGAUGACAUCUUGGACAUGUUAAAGACAAAUGGCGGCGUGUUCAUGGUAUCCUUUCUCUGCAAGCUAACAGACCCCGACAAACCGACUCUCGAAAGAGUAGCCGACCACAUUCAGCAUGUAGGCGAAAGAAUUGGAUAUGAACACGUUGGUAUCGGCUCCGACUUCGAUGGCAUGAUGCAUGCUCCGGCUGGGUUGAAAGACGUGUCCAAGUUUCCAUUUCUGAUCGCGGAACUCUUACGAAGAGGCGUUGCUGAAAGUUCUGUCAAGAAUUUGGUCGGCCUCAAUGUCUUGCGUGUUCUUGAUGUCGUUCAGGAGGUGUCGGCUGAGAUGAAGAGCAAUAAUGCGGAAAUGCUGCAGGAUACUAUUGAGGAGAUAUGGGAUGAAUCCGUGCGAAAUGAGGUCAAGCAAGUCCGAGGAUUACUUUAA